CGCGUGGAGUCCCCGGGGGCGGCGAUGCGCCGCGGAUAUCUCUUCCUCGACCCCGCGAACCAAUUUGCAGAUGGACGGCGCUCGGCAGUGUACCGCGCGCCGCUCGUCGCGUCGCUGGGUCCGAAAGGCGCCGCCGGGGCCGCCCCGCGGAACGUUGCCGUGGUGGCGAAGUUGGCGAAGGGGGACUGUCGUUCGCAGUACCUCUUGAGGCAGGAGGGCAAGGCGUACUCGAUGUUGCCGACGCAUGUGCAAGGCGAGGACGACACGGUGCCGCUGGUGCCGAACUUUUAUGGGCUCUACGUCGCGGUGGACUCCAAGGGCAGGCGCCUGUGUGGCGACCACCCGCAUUGCGACGGAUAUCUGCAUAGCGACUGCGCGGUCGACUGGCCUUCGCCCAUCCUUCUCAUGGAAGACUGUGGGAAGCCCAUUGAGCUGGAGAAGAUGGGCCUCGCGGCACGACAAGAAUGCUGGUCGCUCAUCGAACAGCUCCACGAGGCCGGCGUCGCGCACGGCUCCGUCCACGCGCGCAACAUCCUCAUGCAGCCGGGCCCGCUCGACGUCCCGCAGGACCAGCGCUCGCUGGCGACGCCGAGCUACCGCAUGUCCAGCCUCGGCCGCACGGAGGUGCUUUACCCGCGCCACGCCCGCGGCGAGCCGACGCGCCUGGCGAGGAACAGCUACGAGAAGGCGCGGGAGCGGGACAUGCAGAUCGGGCUGUGGGAGCUGCGGCCGUGGGAGGAGGAGAAGGACCCGCCAGCUGCGGCGGAGGAGUUUUGAACGCGCGUACGGGCGCGAUGAUUGUACUUGUACUCCCAGGAGGGCUUCAAGGUAGGUUUGCUUGUUUUUUGCAGUGUUUCAAGUAGUUGUGGCUGUGUACUAUAGAGUAGUUCCGAUGUACAGUAUCCGAAGCCAUAGGCGUGUUUCGAAUGCGACAGGAAUAUAUCCCCG